CGCAAAGUCGGAGUUUGCAGAAAGGAAUACAGAGGAUGCUGCUGCGCAUCCAAGCGAGGAUCAGAUUCAGAUGAUCAAGGACUCGUGGAAAGUUAUCCGGGACGAUAUAGCCAAAGUUGGGAUUAUUAUGUUCGUCAGGUUUAAAACCACGGGGCUUUUUCCUCUCACCGGCAGUGCUGAAGACCAUGGGGAAAAACAAUAAAUGUGAAAAAGCAACAGGCUUCUGUUUGACCUGCCAGGCUCACAAUCAUUUGAAAUCCUAAUUUAUUAUUAAUGCCUAACUAAGUGAUAAAGAUCAGCACCACCAUGUUCAGGCUGUUUGUGUGGAGAAGUAACUGACAGUAACAGGCAAUUUAUAUAUAUUUUUUUACAUAUUAUUGACAAAUGGAGAGAUGAAACAUCAUUCUCCAAGAAGAUGUGCCAUGAUUUGGCGUUUUGAUGAUAGCGGUAGUGAAAAUCUCCCAUAGGUCCUUAACUGAGUUGACAUAUAACGUAUAAAAAAUUCAGUUACCCCUUGUCAUUCAAGCUUUUCCUUUAAUUUGUCACCUGUCUGUAUAGACGCCUGCCAAAGUACUCAAAAUUGCCUAUGUGGCGGUUCCCUGCUACAGUAGGUGCCAUGAUAACACACAAACGCAUCAACCUACAGACUCACGAGGUAAAAACAACAUCAGCUACUCUAUCGCAACUGUAAACUACAGACUAUCCUGUGAAGGGAUCACACCAGUCAUGACGCCCAUCAACAAACUGACGCUCUCACCCAUGAGCUCUCAUUGCUACAUAAAUACUCAGUACUGAUGGGUCUUAGCCUUCAUUUUGAUCUCACCUACACACCUGUAAAGUUUCCUGGCACCGUUGUGACGCCGUCAUGUUGACAAAGUCUGUCCACAAACAAUCGCCUGACCAAUGUAUCAGUCGGUUGGGUUUCUUGGUCCAUCUAGGCCAAUCAUACAUAUUUCAUAUUUGGUACUUUGUCUUACAGAACAUCAUAAUGCAGAAAAAGAUACUUGGGUUCAUUUAGAAAUUGUGUCAUGCUAUAGUUUGUUAAGCAGAGUGACUUUAACUUUACUGUCUGCAGCACAUGUAGCAGAGUAUAGAUCACACAGUGACCUUAUGGAACGUUGCUAGCUAGUUUGUUAAAUGCACUGCAGGAAAAUUAACCCUUCAUGGAGCAAGUGAUCAUGUUAGGUAACUUCCGCACACGUUAAAUAUGGCGUUGCUCCCGCCUCAGUGAGAUCGAGAAGCAUGUGGUUUUCACCCAACCAGUCAGUGAAGACCACUCUACGUUACAGCACACUACAUCAUGGGAUUUGACCAAUCAGCAGAGGCCUGGAACGCAUCAAACUUUGUCUUUUCUUCAAAGUUGGAAAAAGACAGUGUUGCGACUCGGUCCUCUUCCAUAUUUGCGGCCGAAGCGUCAGAACUAACCAUGGUUAGUUGACAAAAUUCACACAUUUUACGGCUGCGUAGUUGUGCUAAGUGAUGAUAUACAAAUUUCUUGUUUUUUGGGGAGUUUUUUCUAUACCACUAAUGGGCAAGAAACCAUUUUUGGUAACUUAAUUGACUUUGAAUUUCAACAUGAAAAUUAAAAAAUUUGGAAAAUGUCACAAAAGUAUGAGUCUUGUUAUGUCUUCCAAUAACACUGUAGGGUUGAAAUUUUGAAUUUCAAAAUAUUUCAAUGAGUGCCCUUAACGAUCAUUUUUCUUUUUCAAUAUAACUCUAAAGAACAUUGAAAUUAAAAUUAAAACCAGUAUUGGCUCUACAAAUAGUGUCGCUCAGGCUCUAAAAUAAUCACCAUUCAAAACACUCAGACCUGCCUUUGUGGUAGUUCCCUCUACAAGAGGAUCUCCACAUGCACACAGACUCACAAUAUCAGCUAUGCUAGAGCAGCUGGUAAAUAUAAACUACAUGCUCAUGUUUUCAGAGAAUACACCCCAGAAGAUCUAAUGCCCGUCAUUUUGCUUCUUCUUCCAACACCGACAUCAUGCUGAAAAAAACAGAAUUACUUGAAGCCCAGAUGUGCGGCUGCAAUAUGACUCACGUCCAGAGGAGGUAACUGUAUUCUGGUAGCAUGACUAAUCACAGGCACAUCAGCUGGAGGCUGAAAAGAUCUCUGAUUGGACAGUAGCUCGCUUAAACUCUCUGGUUAAGCAGGUUAAAUCAGAAUUUUAACAAACUCUAGCAGGAGCGGUGGCACCAUAGAACCGAGCCUCUGUCCCUGCUCUGAUCGGGUAGAAAUGAGUGUAUGGAUUGCCUGGCUAACAAACUCACAGAUCCCCCUUGGAUUGUUACUGAUUGCAGCUGUUUCUGGUGAAAACUGGAGUGGAAGGUAGCAGAAGAAUCAGAGUAAGAUCAGAAAGGCACAAUCAGAUUUUUAUUCAAACUGUGCGGUGGAGAGACUUGCUGAUGGAUGAGAGUGAAGCUUCUAAUGUUGAUGAGCUGAAUCUCAGCACUGUGACUGCAGGAUUACAGGUGUGUGACUGUCCACGGUAAAACUCUUGGGGUUAUGUCAUUUUAGUUGGAGAAACUCAGGGGGAGGUUUGUUUUGGUGAGGGAAUGAAUGUGACAGUCUGCUUCUUAAGUGCCUCUGAGAUGCUCACGGAUGGCUGCCUGUGCUGUUGUUGUCUUGGUAACAGGUUGUUUGAGACCCAUCCUGAAUGCAAGGAUGUCUUCUUCCUGUUCCGCGACGUGGAGGACCUGGAGAGGCUGCGGACCAGCCGGGAACUCAGAGCGCAUGGCCUGAGGGUAAUGUCUUUUAUUGAGAAAAGCGUGGCGAGACUGGACCAGCUGGAGCGACUGGAGGCUCUGGCUCUGGAGUUGGGAAAAAGCCAUUAUCAUUACAAUGCUCCACCCAAGUACUACAGUUACGUCGGAGCAGAAUUCAUCUGUGCAGUGCAGCCCAUCCUGAAGGAGCAGUGGACAGCGGAGUUGGAGGAGGCAUGGAAGACCAUGUUCCAGUAUGUGACCAGUCUAAUGAAGCAGGGAUACCAGGAAGAGAGCACCCGACAGCGCCACCUUGCAGUUUCCCCUAAGGAAAGACCGGACAAGAGGAACACAGCGCUAUGAGACGAACCACAACAGACUGUUUUUAGCAAUUCAGCACAGAAAUGUGUGUAUGUACAUAGUGUAUCUAGUGUCUUGUUUUCUACAUUGCUCAUGUUUAGUCGUUUGCUAUUUUAUCAGAAUAGGCACAAACACGCAGUGACUUUUAACAAAGCACUUUAUUUCUGAACUUAAACUCUGCUGCAGUCCUCUUCCAUGACAACAGGACUCAGGAACAUGAUGGGAAACACAAAAUGUUCUGGCUGUAGUUAAACCUACCGUGAAAUUAUCAUAAACAAAAAAAGGCAUUAUUUGUCCCUGUAUUCAUAACUCAAACAUGCUUUUCAGUAAAUCUACAACUUUGAACAUUUUUGUGCUAUUUAACUCAAUCAUGACAUCAUUCGGAAACGGAAACUUUGACUUAACCACAUUAACUGAAGCUAUACAGUACAUUUUAUUGGUGUUGAACAAUUAAAGAUAGCCAUUAUAACAGCUUGGCGUGAGUAUGGAUAAACAAAUGGGGUCAAAAAAUAUUCAUUGUACUUCAAAUGGUAAAAUAAAAACAGAAUAAUGAGCAAAAUACAGUGAAAUUUGACAAAAAUUUAAAAAAAAUCUGAUUUAGUUCUGUGUUUCUGAGCACCCUUGCUGACAUUUCAAAGGUCAUUUAAAAAAAAAAAAAAAAGCAAAAAUCAGAGAAAUGGAAAAUUAAAUGUCCUUCUGAAGACAUGGUCGAAUCACAAUGAGCCAACACAACUUACAUGUCAGCUGUUCAUAUAACAUAAAUAGGGACUCUUACAAUUAAAUAGUAUGAAAGGCUGUUAAUUAUUGGGUUCCAUGGAUUUGGCUCCAGAGGAUACACAGCUGUAGAGAACCUGGUUCCGAAGCAGAAAAGGUGGAGGCGGAAUAAACUUGGCUUGCUUCGUAUUGUGUGAGAAACCCUCAGGUUUUCUGUUCCAAGUCAUCGAUGGCACUGGACAGCUGGGGGAUGAGACACUAUCAUGCAAACGAUGGCAUAAUAUCAAAGCAGUCACCGGGUGGAUGAACAGUGAUUCUGAGGCCUCGAAUGAGUGAGAAGAAAGGUGAGCGGCGCUGCGGAUCAGAUGGAGCCCUCCCCAGUUCCCUCAGAUUGUACAGGCCAGUUUAGGUACCCAUGGUUAUGUUAAAGAGUCUGUCGCUCAUUGGGUGGCUUUGGUUUUCUUGCUUUUGCUUUUCUUGUCUUUCUUCUUAAGUCCAUCCAUGUGAGCCCUAAGGAGGUUGGAGUACGCCUGUGAAGGAGAUUAAAGAGUUACAAAUGGGUGAUCUGUGGAAGACAGGCUAUUAAGAAACCCAGGAUAGUGUCAGCAAGGCUUCAAUGAACAUGAAGAAGACCUGAUACAGGGGGUCCUCCGUUUACAACGUCCUCGGCUUACAACGUCCUCGACCUACGGCAUUUUGUCAUUGCGUCGGAACUGGUUACGUGGAACUAGCUGGCGAGCGGAGCAGCCUAAUAUGCCGUCACGCGGCACUAUAAGACGGCUUUGUUUACAUUCACUGGUUGUAUGCCACCUUGGUUUGUGCUGUAUUCACUAACUUUUUGCCCUUCAUUAUGGCUCCCAAGCCUAAGUCAGAUUCUUCUGAUGGAGUUCCGAUUUAUGGAGAAAAUCGACUUAUGUUGGGCUGUGGGAACGGAACUCCGAAGUAUGUCGAGGACCCCCUGUAAUGCGGCAGGUUAAUAGCUUCCAAACAACAUUGAAAACACAAAAACUCAACCUACCAUUUGAAACUUGAUUACUUCUUUGGUGCUGACCUGAAAUUGUAAGAAAUGAGAAUUUAACAAUAAUCACUUACAAUAAUAACAGAGGAUUAGAAAUCUGUAAUGUUCAAUGUCCAUAUUAAACACAGUCAACUCAC